AAAAAACGUAAAAGUAUUAAUUCAAAAAUUUUAAAUUUUUCACAAGUUAUCAAUGUAUGUUAAAAAAAUAAUUUUUUUGUCAAGUAUAAUACACUUUGCUUUAACAUGGACUGAUAAAAUCAAUAUUUUCAAUCAACAUAGAAAUGAAAAACGAUUUGAUUCAAAUAUUCGCUCAUUCAAUUGUGCACCAAACAGCACAUUCAAUACAUUUGCAAUAAAAAAUCAAAAAUUACAGUUUUCACAAUGGCCACCACUACAAACAUUUGAAAAAUAUUCCUUUCCAGUUAUUUCAGCAUUCCAACCAACAUCAAUUCCACUAAAAGAACAGUUAUCUCCGUUAACCAUUUUACCACCUACUUCAUCAUCACCAUCAUUAUCAAAACUGUUUUCUACAACUAUACUUCCAGAACCGUCAUCUCAUCUUACUUCAACCACAAUAAGCACACCUCCACUAACUUUACUACAACCGGAAUCUCAGCAAUUACCUUCUUCAACGACUCCAUUAUCUCCAUCUUUACCAAAACUGCCAUCUAAUCAAUCAUCACCAACGAUUCCAUCGCCACCGCCACCACCACCAUUACCCAAACUACCAUCUAGUCAAUCAUCACCAACGAUUCCAUCGCCACCGCCACUGCCACCACCACCAUUACCCAAACUACCAUCUAAUCAAUCAUCACCAACGAUUCCAUCGCCACCGCCACCGCCACCACCACCAUUACCCAAACUACCAUCUAAUCAAUCAUCACAAACGAUUCCACUACCACCUCCAACUCCACCUAUUCCAUCAAAAUUGAAAAAUUCUUCUUCGACAGAUCAAUUUCUCCAAUCAAAACAGUUACAAUCACAACAGUUUUUCAAAUCAAAACAAUCAACGGAAUCAUCACAUUCAUCUCCUUUAAUUUUAUCACAAUCUCAGACCUCAUUAUCAACAACACCAUCACUUUUACAUGAAAAACCUUAUUCGUCAGUGUCACCUAAUCAACUAAACACAAUAUCAACACAGCCUCCUACUUUAAAUUAUGAACAUAACUCCUCAUCAAUGUUACAAAAUUCAAAAAGUGCUUCAGCUGGAAUAACAAAUACACCAAAAAAUAAAAUGAAAUUAAUUCAUUGGAAUAAGAUCAAAAGUCAAAACUUAGAAAAAUCAUUAUGGUCAUCCAUUACCCCACCAGAUAUAUCUCUUGAUCAAAAUCAAAUUGAAGAACUAUUUAUUCAAAAACCUAAGUUACCUCCCAAGAUUAUUUUGAACAGUGGAAAACCUAAGGUUUUAGUUCAAAAUGUACUGGAUAAUAAAAGAAGUUUGGCAAUUAAUAUAAUGCUUAAACAAUUGAAAUUAGAAACCGAUAAAUUUAUUAAUGAUCUUGAGAACGAAAAUUAUAUUCCUAUUGAAAAGUUGGAAAUAAUUCAAAAAAUUUUACCCAUUCAUGAUGAUGUUAUAGCAAUAAAAAAAUAUCGUGGUGAUCCAAAAAAUUAUGGUGCAGCAGAAAAGUUUUGUUUGGCUUUAAAUGAGAUACCAUGUUAUGAAGAAAAAAUUAAAUUAAUGAUUUUAAAAGAGGAAUUACCAUCAAUGUUUAAUGAAAUGCAUUCUCUAUUACGACAUAUUCAAAGAAUGUGUCAUGAUAUUAUUAAAGAUGAUUCAUUCAAGAAAUUUUUAUCAGUCGUAUUAUUUAUUGGUAACUACAUAAAUGCAGGAACUUAUGCUGGUAACGCAAGAAGUUUUACAUUAAAUUCAUUGUCAAAAUUAUAUGAUAUACGAACAAAUAAGCCAAGGAUAACGUUCCUCCACUUUGUUAUAGAAGUAGCUCAAGAAUACAAAGAUGAUAUAUUAAGCUUUACAAAGUACUCUUCGAGUCUCGGAAUGUUAUCAAAAAUGUCUAUAGUUAGAUUAGAAGAGGAAGUGAAUACAAGCAAUAAACAAAUAAAAUCAUUAUUAUCUAAAUGUGAAACUAAAGCAUGCACUAAUAACAUAUCGGAAUCCUUAAAAAAAUUCCUUGAACAGUCUGUCAUUGAUGUUGAAGAACUAAACGACCAUUAUAAAAUAGCCAUCGUUGACAUUCAAAAAGUAGCUAUUUAUUUCGGCGAAGAUUUAACAAAAUUUAAAAUUGAAGAAUGUUUUGGAUUACUUGGUAAUUUUUUUACACAAAUCAAAGAUAUCAUCAAAGAAAGUGAAAGAAAACAAGAAAAAGAAAAAAAAAAAAAUAUCAUUAAAUAAAACAAUCCAAUCUAUUAUAAAUUUAAAAAAGAAAGGAACAACAAUAAUACUCAGAAAAACAAAAUUUAUGUAUAAUGAUGUUAACCAGUCAUAACUUUUUUCGUAGGUAUUGAUCAACACUUGAUUAGUUUCUGAUCAAGCACUGGAUGAGUACUCAUUUAGGAAUUACAUGAGAGAUGGAAAAAAUACAUCUCUGAAGAAGAGAAAAAAUGUACAGAUCACAUAAUGAGAUCCAUUGAAAAAUAUAGCAAAAUCUUUUUUAUGCCUCAAUAAAAAUCUAACAAGUAUUAAGCAAUAUGAAUAAAAAAAACAAUGUUUCUCAUAAAAGUAGGAUUGAAGUUCAUGAACUAAUUAAAGACUAAACUUGACCAUAAAGUAAUCAUUAAUAAUUGAUAGGUGGAAAAGGAGGGAGUUGAAACUUAGCACUUUAUCGCAGUUAGGUUUAUGUUGAGGAUACAUAUACAUAGUAUGCGGUUUAUUAUAAACUAUUUGUGUAUUCACAAAAUAAAUAUAGUAUUGGUAAAACAAAUAAUGAUUUCUUUGGAUGGCAUUAUCAUUUUUAUACCCAGGAAGGACGAAGAGUACGGCAGGGAAAUGACUAGUGAUUAAAAUAGCAACAACCAUCCUCACUUUCAGUCAUUACAUUAAAUUGUCAAUGACUUCUGAAAC